AUGACGGCGACACAGGCGAAUGGCCUACGUCGGUGGGAGCCGAACGAGAGGGAGUGGGAGAUUGCGACGCAACUCCGUGACGUCCUCGUGGUCUUCUACCAUGCCACUCAAUUCUUCUCGCGCGAAGGCGAGGAGGCGCCGGAUCUCACCGAUGUGAUCCCAUCUAUGGACUACAUCGACCAUCGACUCGCGACCGACGCGAUCAACACGAGCCUCGACCCUGCCAUCCGUGUUGCCAUUGGCAUGGCGAAACGUACCAUCAAUCGAUAUUACGACAAGAGUGACGAGUCGGCCGCAUAUCGCAUUGCUAUGGUUCUCGACCCCCGAUACAAGUUCAAGUAUUUCCAAGACAACGACUGGCCCGACGAAUGGAUUUCCGAGGCCCACUCGCUGCUACGGCAGACGUAUGAUGACGAGUGGGCCGGGCGAGUGCCAGUGCUAGUCCAGCAUGAAAGUGCCGAGCAGCCCAAGGUACGUUGA